CUCCCCAGCCGCGGUUCACGUCUCUCUGUGCAGCACGCGCCCUUGCCCCCCCUUCCCUGCAGCGAAUGAAACACUUCUUUUGUUAAUUGAGGAAUCAAAGCGGUCCUGCCCCAUGCCCGUCCCCGUGCCAGCCGGGCGAGGCGAGGACGUGUGCCCACCCCGGAUCCGUUCAGUGAAGCAGCACAGAUCCGCGGGGCCAAGUGGGUAUUGAGCUGAGGAGGAGGUGUAAAGGGAGCUCCAAGCAGCGGACAGAUUUGCAAGGAAUGAUUUAAGUCCUCGCUCUCUUUUUUUUUUUCCCCCUUUUCUCCUCUCUCUCUUCUGCUCGGGAUUUAAAUGUCACUCAAAACAUCCCCAAAUCAGCUCCCUGCUCGUCUCUGCUUGCUCCUGAAGCGUUAAUUCGAGCAAACCCUGCGUUUCAGCAGCUCUGGUGCUUUGCCCACAAAGGAAAUUUGCUCGAUCUCCAGCAGCAACCACUGCUCCUUUUGAUGUUGUGGUACGCCGUGCGCAUGCGCCUCACAUUAGAAUUACUGCACUGGCCAGAAUAAGUUGGAUCUCUUCUUCUCUUCACUGAAACCCAAAAUCAUAUCAAAAGCCAAAGGGAUGGUGAGAGUCCGGAGAAAGGGUUACUUUGGGAUUUGGUCAUUCCCCUUAAUAAUAGCAGUGGUGUGUGCUCAGAGUGUCAAUGACCCUAGCAAUAUGUCACUGGUAAAAGAGACCGUGGAUAGACUGCUGAAAGGCUAUGACAUUCGCUUGAGGCCAGAUUUUGGAGGUCCCCCCGUGGCUGUCGGUAUGAACAUAGACAUUGCCAGUAUAGAUAUGGUCUCAGAAGUCAAUAUGGACUAUACCUUGACAAUGUAUUUCCAGCAAGCUUGGAGGGAUAAGCGGCUAUCAUACAACGUAAUACCUUUAAAUCUUACGCUGGACAAUAGAGUAGCUGAUCAGCUUUGGGUUCCUGAUACCUACUUUCUGAAUGACAAGAAGUCGUUUGUACAUGGGGUCACUGUGAAGAACAGAAUGAUUCGUUUGCAUCCAGAUGGGACUGUCCUAUAUGGUCUGAGAAUUACAACAACAGCUGCUUGUAUGAUGGACCUACGAAGAUAUCCAUUGGAUGAACAAAAUUGCACACUGGAGAUUGAGAGCUAUGGCUAUACAACAGAUGACAUUGAAUUUUACUGGCGUGGGGGUGAUAAUGCAGUCACAGGAGUGACAAAGAUAGAACUGCCACAAUUCUCCAUUGUAGACUACAAGCUUAUCACCAAGAAUGUUGUUUUCUCUACAGGUUCCUACCCGAGGCUGUCACUGAGCUUUAAACUAAAGAGAAACAUUGGUUACUUCAUUCUGCAGACCUACAUGCCUUCUAUUCUGAUCACUAUCCUGUCCUGGGUUUCAUUCUGGAUUAAUUAUGAUGCUUCAGCUGCAAGAGUUGCUUUAGGAAUCACAACCGUGCUCACCAUGACAACAAUCAAUACCCAUCUUCGAGAGACUCUCCCCAAAAUUCCCUAUGUGAAAGCCAUUGACAUGUAUCUGAUGGGAUGCUUUGUCUUCGUUUUCAUGGCUUUGCUGGAGUAUGCAUUGGUCAACUACAUCUUCUUUGGCAGGGGACCCCAGCGUCAAAAGAAAGCAGCAGAAAAAGCUGCCAGUGCCAACAAUGAGAAGUUGCGAAUGGAUGUCAAUAAGGACAGAAGAAUAAUUGGCACAUAUCAUUGUCCAGAAAUGUAUUCAACAAAGAUGGAUCCACAUGAAAAUAUUUUGUUGAGCACACUUGAAAUUAAAAAUGAGAUGGCUGCCUCUGAGGCUGUUAUGGGGCUUGGGGACCCUAGAAGCACUAUGCUUGCCUACGAUACUUCAAGCAUCCAGUACCGGAAAGCUGGCUUGCCCCGACACAGCUUUGGCCGCAAUGCCCUGGAACGACAUGUGGCACAAAAGAAAAGUAGGCUACGGAGACGUGCCUCUCAACUGAAAAUUACCAUUCCUGACUUGACUGAUGUAAAUGCCAUAGAUCGAUGGUCGCGCAUAUUCUUCCCUGUUGUUUUUUCCUUCUUCAAUAUUGUCUAUUGGCUUUAUUAUGUGAACUAAAAAACAAAGCCACACAGAAAGCAAGAACUGGAUUUCUCUUCAAAUCGGUUGUACAGCCAAAAGUGGGACUUAGAAAAAUUCUAUUCAGGACAAAAGUUAUUUUAAAACACCUUAGUUGCUGGCCCACUCUAUGGUCUGUUUUCUAACAUUUGGGUUACUUCUGCUAAACUGUUAAUCUGUUCUUAAGUUACAGUAUGAACACAUUCCCCCCCAUUAAAAUAUUAGUGCAUUUGAAGUGUGGAGGUAAAAUUUGAUUCUAACGAUCAUUUCUUUUCUUCUUUUUUUAUAUAGUAACAUGCAUAUGAGCUAAAACACACAAGCUAUUAAAAAAAGAGAAUUUGGAAGACAGGUUUAAGUUUUAACCACUGCUUGUGCCAUUUCUUUGUGAAAUUGCACAUCAAGUACAUAUGCAUCUAUAGUUAAAAAGAGAGAGAGUGUUCUAAGAUGCUGUCAUGCUUAUGAAACAUACACACUUUUAUCUUCUAAAAUGUGUAAACUUGAAAACAAGUAGUGCCUAUCAUCUUACCAGGAUGAUCAUGGUCAAAGGUGUCCCAACUGUAUUCAGGUAUUUCCUGUUAUUUACUGAAAGAACUAAACCUUUGACUGAUAUUAUGAAUGGGUCAGGAGUUUGCACAGAAAUUUAGAAACUGAAGCCAGGGGUUUUUUUUUAUUUUAAAGCAGCAGCAUAGGGUGGUGAUCACAGUCCAUCACAUUUGUGAUCUAGAAGGGAGCGUGGAAAUCAGGUUUAGAGAUGGACCAAGCCAUCAUGUCCUAAACGGGUAGACGUCCUGUUACACUCAACAUUUGGGAAAGGGAGUCAUUUGUCUGAAGUGCCAAACAUUGGUUGGACAAACAGUAACUUUAUAUGUGGCUAAAGGAGACCAUUGGUGCCCUGCCCUUCCAAGGGUAGAAAAAAGGUAAAAGGAAUGAUUUCCGGAUAUAGCAUUAAGAGAGGGAAAGCUAUAAAUAUAUACUGUGCAAUUGAAUUUUGUCAAUCAUAGUAAGUAUAUUAGUCCAAAUUGUUCAUAUGGAGUUGAGUGUUUUCUUUCAAGUUUGCAAACUUUCAAGCUUCACACCUGACGUUGCUUUUAUAUCUAGCAUCUAACAUCCAGCAGGAGAGAACAAAAAGAUGUAUUGUGUCAAGCAGACAAUUACAGGAAUUAUCUUAGCUGUUUUCAGAGUUCAGAUUCAGAAGGUUUCCAAUCAUACAUCUUUUAGUACAAAAUAAUUGGCCGGUAGGAUAUUUUCUCAAGCUGAGCUAAACAAUACUUUUUUUAGUAAACUCAAUAAGCUAUUUUAAAAGAAAGGAUUCAAUAAACAUUGCUUUAAUAGAUUGAUUAUACUUUUCAGCGUUUCCUACUUUAGAAGGUCUAACGAUGUCCUUUAAAACUGAAAAAACUAAGUUUUGCUUUAGAAAAUAUAUUUUUAUUGAAAAAAAAGAAUACAGUUUUUUCCAUUUAACUUUAUAUUGUAUAGGAAGACUUUUCCCAAAAGGUGGGCAAGGUAAUAGAAUAAAAGUUGCUUAUUGUGCCAUUGUAGAAAAUCUGCCUGUAUAAUGAAAAAUUAAGUCCAGUAACUAAAAGCAUCAAGUCCUGACAGAUUUUACAGAUGUCUUCAGAGUUCAACAGAAGAUAGUCGCUAGAAUAAUGUCUAUAAUCCCUUGUGUCUGCGCUACCUCUCACCUAGAGCCAGCCUUCUAAAAGGAACACAAAUUACAGCAUCCUCUGAAUAACAGAGAAAUAUGCAAACAGCUUCAUUUUCCCUAUUUAAAGAUUCAUUUAGAAAUACUUUAAGAAUUGUUUCUGAACAUUUUUUCAUUAAAAACAGAUUUUUUUUCUCUUUUUGCUCUUGUUCUAUCCUUUAAAAAUUAACAUCUCUUUUGGAAAUGUUAUUCGUUUUUUUUUUAAAGGGGUGAAAAAUGACUGGAGAAAAACAGCUUUGAGAAUUAAUGACCUAGUUUGCCCUGUAAUUUCUUACUUCUCUUCUACAUUACCAUUGGCUUUGCUUCAGAAUGAGAAAAAUAGCUUUGACUAUUAUUUUGUUAAGAACUGGAAAGUAAGGUAUACUAAGCAUUUACAUCUCUAGUUACCAUCAAGGCAAUUGUGUGUACUCAGCACUGCCUCUAGGGUCAAACACCGAAAUGUGUGUAGAGUCAAACUUUUGAUCAUAUGAUAGCUUUUCCAUGAUGAAAGUUGCUUUAUCAUUCACCGAUUUGAUUUCUGAGGGCAUUUCAUAAAUCAAAACAGUAUAUUUUGUAGGUGUAUUUGAAGUUACCCUUAUACAUGAAUCAUGUAUGCAAAUUCCUCCCAACUUCUAAGAAAAGGAUCCAGUCCAGAAAUCAGUAAUAUUCUUUGAAGUCUGUUCUUUAGUUUUGGCACCUUUUAUGAUUAAUCCAGUUUAAUAUUAUGUUAGACAUUUCAAGCUCUUGUGUGCAAGAUUUCUUUUCACUCUUUUCACAAAGAGCCUUUUACUUUUUAUUUCAUAGAAACAUAAUUUGAAUACAGAAGGCAUCAAGCACAUAUGUGGUAGGCACACCUCAAACAUAAAACCUAACAGAGAAUAUGCUUAUUUUCUGCUUUGGUUUAGCAGAUCAGCUGUAGUCAAAACCAUGGAGCUCAGAUCCUAAUACUGCGCAUUAAUGUUUCUGAAGUUACAGUACAAGCCAUAAUACUCUCUGAUGAUGUUAUUCAGGGAGUGAAAUGAAAUGUCUGGUUUCUGCUCAGGUGUCAUUUAUGAAGGAUAUUUCAAAGGAGGAAGGAGCACUUUAACUUCCACAUGAUCCUGCUGACUUUUAAUAUUCUAUAUCUAAAACAAAAGUGGAAGGAUCCUUCCAAAAUUGAGCAGUUACAUUUUGUACUAAGGCUAAACACUGUGAUGUGAAUAAGGUAAAGGUAAGAAGAAUGGACAAGACCUUGGUAUAGAAGAACCAGAACCUAAGAAGGCUUGAUCAAUUACUCUUCUUCUUGGGUCACCUGUAUGAAAACGAUAAAUUAUGCCAGCAUACAAAAGAGGUGGAUUUUCUUAUGUGUACUACCCUGUCAAUGGAUUAGAAUAACUAACCUUGCUUUUACCUUAGAACUGACCUGAAGUGAAUAUUAUAGAUCCUUUUGCUCCUUUCCACUGUUAGAUUCACUAACUAAAAUAUUAAAUUAAAAUUUAGAUCAUUUUUGUAAUAUAAUUACACAUUUUGUUGUUUCAUUAUGCAUAAUAGCCAGCAAUUAAGGUGUUUUUCAUCUUUGUGAAAUUCAUGGGCAAAUUAUGACUACAACAUGGCACAGUUUUAAUGAAAUCUUUGAGAUCAAUCUGUAAAUAUAUACUGUAUAUGACUGCUAGUAAGAACGAUAUGCAUUUUCAGAACUGAAAACUCAUGCAACAUAUUUCUGUGUUUGCAUAAGGAAUGUUAAGUUUCUAUCCUACUGCGGUUUAACAACUGGGAAGAAAGACUCAAGCAAUGUCAUUCUGAACAUUUCUUUUAUCAUUCCCAGGGUGGGAAAACAGGGUCUUAAGUAAUAAUGUGUUCAAGAUUACUUCAGAGAGUUAUAAUACAAAAUACAUAAAAUCUGUCAGGUACAAAAGCACAAUGCAUAGAGAAAGUGAAGGGUGGGCUUAUACCUGGGGACAAAUCCUCUUUAUUUUAGGCAAAAUGUGUAUAAAAAUUAGAGCUCAAAUAAUUUUCACUAUUAUAUUUAACUAUGGUCCGAUUCCAUAAUUAACACAGUACUGAACACAAGUGAAACAAGCAAGUGUUAAACAUUAUCCAAUUAUAUGCGUAUAUAGACAUUACUGUGUCUAUUUAUGCAUGUGUGUGUGUGUGUAUACAUAUAUAUACAUAUACACAUAUAUAUACAUACACACUCAGUGUGCGUGUGUGUGUGUACACACACGCAUGCACACACAUACGCACACACAUGCAUUCAUAUGUGAUGUGUUAAAGGAAUAAGCUAAUAAGUUCUGUUUCUACCAUCAACCAGUAUAUGAAUAAUUUUUGAGAAAGCAAAUUAUUAUAUUAAAAAAAAACUAACUAUACAGGGUAACUGGGCAUUUCUAUAUCAGAUCAAUGCAUAUAAUUCGUAUGAAGCAUUGCACAGUUUGACAUUAUGAUAGUACUGUACCUCCUAGCAUCUGAAGUUAGAAUAGUCCUCACAUUGCUUGCCUAUUUCUUCUCUCUUUUUUUAUAACAGCAUUGUCCACUAGUAACUUUUCAAAACAAAAGUCCUAAGGACAGCAAGAAAAAAAAGCAAAAAUAUUAAAUAUUUCUAGAACAGUAAUAUAGGGUGGGAUGGCCAGGGUACAAUACUAUAACAGUAGUGAUCAUAACAUUUUGCUAUGUGUACAUAGAACAUAUAAUGUGAGCAACCAUAAUUUAAGCUGAACGUCUGUAAAUAUUAUCAGAUUUCUUAAACAUUUUUAACUUCUAAUUUGUACUUUAUGGUAAGGCAAAAAGCUGAUUCUAUUUAUGGUUUAGGUUAAUGUGUUCUAAAAUUAUGUAAAUAAUUAAAUAAGCUGUAAAUGAGCAGUCAAUAGAUAAAGUAAUUGUUUAGUGACUUUUUUUUACUAAGUACAAUAAUUGCAGUGCUCUAGCAGAGUAAUUUAAACACCCUUUCGCAUAAACAGAUUUGGAUUCCAGGUAAGAGUUUUAAUAUAAAAAAUAAGAGGCAGUACUGUGGUGUAAAAUAGCCAUUGCAACAAUGUUACUGCUAGCAUAACAGGUUCUUUUGUAUCAUUAAAAUGUUUCAGCAGCUGAAGAAUGUAGUUCAGCACUCAGUACUCAGAUUAAAAGAAAAAUAUAUCAUCUGAUUUUCACUUGCACUAUAGCUCCUGUAAAGUACUCUAGCGAGUGGAGAUAUAAAGGAGUAGUAAGGUAAAUGAAAAUUUGGGAAGUGUCUGUCUGUUCCUAAAAUCUGUAUCCUUUAUGCUAUGUAUUACUAGACUUUAAUAAAAAAAAUGUUUGAUUGUCAUUAGAUAGCAUAGUGCCCCAAAGCCAAAGAAUCUUCAUUCCAGAAAUUGUUUAAAAGGGAAAACUAGUAAGUCACUGCUUAACACCAAAGGUAAAGUUUAAUAAAAUGCACUAGGAACUUUGUCUAAAUUUUUAGGAAGAAAAUGGAAUGUUAAUCAAAACUACUGCCCUAUUCUACUUUGUAAAAAUAACAACACCUUAAAUAUCCAUUAUUAAUGCUAAAUUGAAAUAGAUCAUCUCUGCAAGUAUAUGCAACAAAAACAACUCGUGUGUAUCAAAUAUUUUUUUGUAAGUGCUUUGACAAUGAAUAGAAAAAUGAAUCUGAAAUGAUGGAAAUCUUAUAUUUCAUACUAGGUUUUGGUUUUCUUUUUCUUUUUCUUUUUUACUGUUUCUUUCAGCAUGAGGUUAUCUAUUCCAAUUUGAUAAACAUUUUGUAUGUUUGCACUGUUGCUGCCAUUUGACUGAUAUUCACCAGACAUCUCAUUUAUGGUCCAUCCUAUUAUUUUGCAUUAAAAACAAUAUGACCACACAAAGCAUAAUUAAUUCUAACAAGCUGCCUAUGAUUUGAAUUCCUUCACAUUUUUAUUUGCAUGGGUGUUUAAAUGGUUCUGUUAGUACUGUCUUUGCACAGUUCUGAUUUAUCUCUUUUUUACUUAGUACUAUUUAUUCAUAAUGUAGUAAUCAUCAGCCUUACUAAUGACCUUGUAGCCUUUCUUAUAUGCACAUGAUGCACAUUUUCCAAUGGCUAGAAAAUGCAAAAUACUAGUGGAUAUCAUUGCAUCAGAUCUUCAUGUCUUUCUCAAAAGGACUGCUAACCUCUGGGAUAAAUGAGGUAGUAAAAUGAUGAUUGUAAAUGAGUAGCACAUAAGAGAUAUUUUCUUGAAUUUAAAAUUAUUGCAGCCAGUUUCAGCAUGUAAAUAUAUAAUAAUGUUGGCUAGUGUGUAAUUCUUGAACUAAAAAAAUAUAAAUAAAGAAAACCUAACAGAA